AUGGUUAAAGAGGCUGCUACAUGUAUUUUUAGCAAUUUGUGGGAUAAAGGAGCAGUUGCAAAAUCAAAGCGCUUUCAGCUGUUACUCACCUUCUUUAUUUUGGUUCCACAGCACGACGACCUGAUUGACCUGGUGCAGAAGUUGCUGCGCUCAUGGAACCAACCCCUGCAGCAUUUGGCGCUGGAGGCUCCAGACAACAUGGCGAGUAAAGUGAAAGAAGUAGAGGAACACGCUAAGAUCCUGCAGGGAGGGAUUGAUAGGAUUGCUGGAAGGAUGCAAAGCAAUCUGGGAGAUGACUUCUACCCUCAGUGGUUCGGCCCGUUGGAUCCCAGGAUGCCAAAAGGAGAUUCGGAGAGUUACGCCCUCUAUCACUUGCUGCACUGUUUCCGGAGGGAUUCCAACAAGAUAGACAACUACCUGAAGAUCCUGCGGUGCCGCAUGGUGCAUGCCAGCAACUGCUAAAGGCGCCACUUGGGCGUCACUCUGUCUGCAAUGUCACCUCUAUGGUUAGACAUCCUAGCUCUGUUCUUUUACUGCACUUACUCCUUAUCUAGGGAUGUGCCCGACUGAAUUACA